AUGGCGCCCGACCGCUCAGGCAAGAGUGUUUUCCUGGGGAAUAUCCCUUACAACCUCACCGAGGAACAGGUGAAAGAUAUUCUCAGCACAGCUGGCACAGUAACGAAAUUCCGCCUGAUGAUGAACCCUGAGACUGGCAAACCCAAGGGCUACGGAUUUGCAGACUUUGCCGAUGCCGAUGCUGCAGCCUCUGCCGUUCGCAAUUUAAAUGACUACGAGAUUAUGGGUCGCAAGAUUCGGGUGGACUGGCCACACAACAAUGAAAAGGACUCCGUGCCUGCCGACUAUUCUCAACAAACACAACCCAUGGAGCAAGACUCUGUACCACAAAUGCAACAAAUUCCUGGUGCUGCUCCGCUGCCUCCUCUUCCUCCGGGCGUCGACGUUCCACCCCAUCUUGACUGCCCCAACGCUAUCUCGCAAACACUCGCCUCUCUUCCCCCGAACCAGCUUCUCGAUGUCCUUACACAAAUGAAAGCCCUUGCGGUGGCAGAUCCUAUCCGUGCCACAGAACUACUGCGCCAGGCUCCUCAGCUUGCCUAUGCUAUUUUCCAGGCUCUUUUGCUCAUGAAUUUGGUGGAGUACCAGGUCCUGGGUUCAAUUGUUGAGCAGGCUGCCCAAACUCAAGCAACUCCUCAAGCACCUCCUCAGGUAGCCCCCCAAUAUCAGCAGUAUGGUGUCCCUGGACAGAUGGGAACACCUCCUGUGGUCGGGGGUCCAUAUGCUCCCCCGCCACCUCCACAGGCUGCCCCGCCCCAGGUGCCGGGCCAAGAUGAGUUGCUACAACAAGUUCUCAGCAUGCCACAAUCUGCAAUCGAUGCACUUCCCCCAAUGGAACGUAGCCAGAUCAUGAUGUUACGUCAGCAGUUGAUGCAGGGCGAAACCCUUUGCCAAGACUUCCGCUCACAUCACGUGACCAGGCUUACCCUACCUACAACUAGCUACAGCUUCAACAUCGAUUACUUCAAAAUGUCUGAAGAAGAUGUUUUCAUGUUUGAAGCCAUGUCUUCGCACUCGGACAUGCCUUUGGAGGACAUCAACAGGACUCCCACCUUUAAAAAUCCAUCCCCCAACCCUGUACCUUCUGAUGAUAACAAUGAUAACGAGACUGGCUUCGACUCUUCGAGUUCUAUUCAGGAGAUUGAAAGUGACACCGACUUUAUUGAACCUCCUGGAAAUCCUGAGCUGUGGUUGUCUCGCCCUGAGAAAAGCGAUCGUUACCUUGCGCUCAAACUGCCACCAAUGCAUACUUUGGAGGACAUCUUUGAGGACAUUGCUUCCAAGGCCAUGUCCUUGGGCUUCGCUGACGUUUUGAAGCAUUUGAAUGGCCGACCAUUGCGAAUUGCGACUGUGUGUUCGGGAACUGAGAGCCCCAUUCUUGCCAUGGAAAUGCUUCAAAAGGCUCUGGGUGAGGAAGAGGCUUUCCGCAUGUCUCAUGUCUUCAGUUGCGAGAUUGUCCCAUUCAAACAGGCCUACAUUGAACGCAACUUUAAACCACCCAUCCUGUUCCGUGAUAUAUUGGAACUCGGAGGCGAUGUCGCUCACACGGCCUAUGGCGCUCUUGUUUCGAUCCCAGGAGACAUUGACCUUCUGCUUGCUGGAACCGCCUGCGUUGACUUUUCCACUAUCAACAACAAGCGUAAGCUCCUCAGUGAGGAGGGCGAGUCAAGCAGUACCUUCAACGCUCUUCUCCGGUACGCAAAGAAGUAUCGUCCACGCAUCGUCAUCUUGGAGAACGUCAGCACCGCCCCUUGGGACAAAUUUGCCGAUGUUUGGACCGACAUCGAUUAUUGUGCUGCCUAUGUGAAAGUCGACUCGAAAUCAUACUAUUUGCCCCAAACUCGUAUGAGAGGAUACCUGAUCGCGAUCGACAAGCGCCGUCUGGAUGGCAUCGCGUCGGAUGAACAAGGUUCCGAUUCGACUAAGAUGUCUGAGAGAUUCAGCGCCUUGAUGACCAAGUUCGUUCGACAAGCCAGCUCUUCUGCGGGUAUGUUUUUGUUGCCUGAGAACGACCGCCGCCUAGAGCAGGUUCGCAAGGAUAUUGCUACCCGUGUCGAAGCCGGAACCAGAAGCGACAUACGCUGGGAAAGAUAUCAGGUGCGACACACCAAGUUUCGGGAGGAGAGAGAACUGGGAGAUCAGCGACCCAUCAGCCGUUCACAGCCAGGAGGCUUCGGAUCGACACCUCCAGAUCACUACUGGCGUACUUGGUUUGCGAUGCAACCGGAGCGUGUGUGGGAGACUCUCGACAUGAAGUUCCUUCAGCUCAUUUCGCAAGAUAUCGACUUCAAUUUCAAAGAGCGUUGCAUUGAUCUCUCUCAGGGCGUAGACCGUGGAAACGAGAGUGUCAACAGCUCUGGAGUCGUUGGUUGCAUCACACCCUGUGGUAUGCCGUUCAUGAGUACGCGAGGCGGCCCCAUCUCCGGUCUGGAGGCACUGGCCCUGCAAGGCCUUCCUAGCCAUCGAAUCAACCUUACGAGCGAGUCACAGCGAGACCUGCAGGAUCUGGCUGGAAAUGCAAUGACAUCAACCGCGGUGUGUGCAGUGAUGCUUUCCGCCCUUCUUUUGGGAUACCCCGUGUUGGACGAAGGCACGGACGAACCAGCCGAGGCGCAAACCAUCACGGACAGGAAAAUGGACCGUGUUUUGACCGUGGAGGACGCAGGCGCUUCCCUUGUCAAAGUCAAAAUCCCGGAAUAUUCACAGUCCCCUGAUGUGAUUUCCCAGAUGAUAAAGAAGGGGGCUGAGAGCGCCCAAUACUGCGCUUGCGAAGGCCAAUCGAUGGUCAAGGAUCCGGAAUUGCUCAGAUGCUGUUCCCUUUGUGGACAUCGUGCGUGUGAUUCUUGCGCAGGCAACCCAACGCACGCCUACCGGUCCCUGGCAAAGUCGCAUCUCCAGCGAAGUUCUGCGAAGGAAUUCAUUGCUUUCCUGAAGAAUGUCUUGCCGAUGAGACUCCAGAUCCGGGGUUUGAAGAUCGAUGACUUCGAUGAGUUCAUCAGGCAAUUCCCGAUGCCCAGUUCCAAAAGGGGUUCACAUGGUGAAAAUGCGGCCAGUCAGACCUCCGAAGGCACAGGCUCACUGCGAGGAGACUACAUAGAGUCUGUGAAAUCUGCCAUCGAGGAUGAGGUUCUGUUCUUCGACAUCGAGCGUUCUCAUAUCUGGACAGUGAUCUACGAGAGCAAAUAUGCUACCCUCAAGUUGCAAAUUCGGCCCGAAGGGCUCCAAUGGCUCUACUUCGCCAAAGCUCCGCGGUGGUCGCCAGCGAGAUGUUUUCUCCGAGAGAUUCUCGAUAAACCGAUUGCACGCCUGAUCCCGAAAAAAGACACCCUCUUACGUGGGUUGUGGGAGCUUGCUGAUCCCCUCAGCAAGCACUUGUCCCUGAGCACUUUGGGCAUGGGAGAAGAGGUCCCUGCUUUUCCUGCAGUAGUCGGCAUCACCGAGGCGGAGAAAUCACAGAUGAGGAUGUGGACUCAGAUCAAAGUCGACGGUGGUGACGAGGUCAAAAGGCUUGAUGUCGACAUUCGCGGCAUUUAUGACAGUCUUCCCGACUGUGGAACAGCGAUGGGGUCUAUGUACAAGAAACAAGACCAAAGCAUCUACCUCUUUCUCGAUCCUAGGAAGAUUGGCUCCCCGGAGAAAGAUGGGUGCGUGUUUGCACACGAGCAUCGCCGUCUCAGUGGCUACGAAAAGCGCCUCACGAUUGCCCAACUGUCCUGUCAGUGGCGUGCAACGGAUUUGACGAGCGAACCGUCAGAGGUCAAUGCCUUCUAUCGGCGGUGGAUCAAGGCCCCGGCUAAGGUGAAAUUGAAGCCAGUGCCUUCCAAUAUUGCAUACGAAAGUCUGAGCUUGGCCACCCCUGUGUACCUUACAGACGACGACUGUUAUUGCUCAUACAUCUCACUGGCCUUGCUCACAGCACCGCCUUCAGAAUUUGGUCUCGCUUCACUCAUCCCACGCCCAAACGUCUCUGAAGAUUGGCAAGUACUCCGUCUCGGAACCUCAGAGCUCGAACUUCGAGAGGCCGCUUGGGCUGUGCAAGGAAUCGCCAGCCGCACAUCAAGUCCAUGGGCCACCAUCAAUGUUCAAACUGGACAGCUAAAUGAUGGCCAUCCAGACUGUCCGACCUGUGAUCCACCAGUACCCGGUAUCAUUUGGGGUCGGGACAAGCAAGGUCGAGUCACUCCAUAUGAAGAUCCGCAAGGCGCAGCAGUGUACGAACGUGCGGUCAAAUGCAAACCCGCUCCAUUCAUGAUUUUGGGGCGCAUUUGUGAGAAUCAAAACAUUAAGAUACGUGUCGCUUUGAACGUACAGUCACUGGCUCAUCAAGCCUAUGGCCGACUUGUCCAGCGAAACAGUCAGGCCGCUCCUGGGUUCCAAUGGCGACUAGUCAACAACACCGAGGACUGGGGAAGAACUGGUCACUCAAGGUUCACCCUACUUGACAAUACCCAAGAUAGAAAACAUUACCAACCACCUAACUUCCUGCUCACGCUGCGACAAGAUCAACUUCGAUCUCUUAGAUGGAUGGUCGGCCAGGAAUCCAGUAAAAUCAUGCCAUUCAUUGAAGAAGAAACAGAAGAGGCCUCUCUGCCUCUGAUGUCGUGGCGAGCCGAGGUCAAGGUCACCAUGCCCCGAUUGGUGCGAGGUGGUGUCCUAUGUGACGAAGUUGGGUACGGUAAAACGGCGAUUAUCCUCGGAUUGAUCGAUGUCCGUUACGAGCUCGAUGCGGCCCGAAUUCAGCACGAACCGGAGGAACCAGGGCUCAUUUCUACCAGGGCCACCAUCCUGGUCGUCCCGUACAAUGUUUUCAAGCAAUGGGCAGACGAGAUCAGCAAAUUCCUCGGCGACAAGUACAAGGUCCUGCGCCUGGGCACUCAAAAGGCUCUCAACAACGUCUCAGUGAAGCAAAUCCGCGAAGCAGAUAUCAUUUUGAUUCCUUGGUCGAUCUUCCAUGGCUCCACCUACUAUCAAAACAUGCGCUACUUCACGGGUACACCCAAAGCGCCUAAUCAGGCGGGCCGAAAUUCCGACAGCUGGUUCACCGAUGCCUGUAGAUCUCUUCGCCAACUGGUGCAAGUCUUGCAGGACGAGGGACCUGAAGCAUAUCUCAGAGAUCUAUGGUCUCGGAGAUUGAAUGUUCGACAGACACAGGCAAAUUCAACCUAUGUGCCUUCACGUCGACUGCGCGGUGCAGCCUUUGUGGCUCACCAGGCCCAACUACGCGCGUCUGCCAAGGAAGCUGUUUCGUCCGGAAAUCACUCUUCUGGUGAACGAUCAACAAAAUCUGCUGCCACUGCUGAUGCAUCUGCCCAUGGCCCUUGGCGCCCUUCGUCUUUGACCCUCUCUUCGACUCCAUCUUCCACGGCAUCGGCCGCCAAAGCUGAGCUUCCUGCGCACUUGCGAGCUCUGCAGCAGCCAGUCGCUCCCGAUGAUGACUCCUCGGACGAAAGUGAAAAAGAAAACAAUCCUCCAGACGAAGCGGACAAUAAAGCGCAACCUGAUCCCAAGACCGCGCGGAAGAAGGCCAAGCGCGAAAAGUCUGCAGCGGCUCGUGGCAAGCCAAAGAAGGCCUGGGAUGACAGGAAGCACUUCAAUAUUCCUGCUCCACACGGCCAUCAGACUGCCUCAAUGGAAGACAUGCAAGGCCUCCCACUCCACGCAUUUAAAUUCAACAGAGUCGUGGUGGACGAAUAUACCUACUCUCGCGAAGAGCGCAACCUGCCCAUUCUCUCGCUGGAAGCCCGUUCGAGAUGGAUUCUGUCGGGGACCCCCGCGCUUGAUGAGUUCGCCGAUGUCAAGGACAUCGCACGCCACCUGGGUAUUCACCUUGGUAUUGAUGAUGACGGCGAUUGCCCCACCGCGAAUGCCCGGUUGAAGGCGAGCCGUCGCCGGCAGACCGCGCGAGAGGCUUUCGAGACGCACCAACCUCCUCGGAGUAUGGCCUGGUAUGAAAAUCGCCGCAGACUGGCGCAAGAAUUUUUAGACCGCUUCGCUCGUCAAAACAUAGCCGACGUGAGUGCCAUCCCCAUAGAAAGCCACGUCAAGCUUUCAGGCCUUUCCAGUCAAGAGUCCGAGAUAUAUCAUGCACUUUAUGACCAUUUCGUCGCAACCGCGGGCAUGAUUCGUAAAGUACCCGGGGCCCAUCUCAGUGCAGCGCAAAUGACCAUGAAUUCAAUUGUUGCAAAGAGCAAGUCCCCGGGGGAGGCACUUCUCAAAUGCAUUGCCGUAUCUGGCGUAUCUGAAAAUCCAUGGAGUGAGGAGGAAUGCACCAAAUGGGUUCAUGUCCAAACGCACACGGGCGAAGCAAUUUUGGACAAGCUGGAGACGGCGCUGAAGACCGUUCUCCUUUCAUUAGUUGAGCACAAAUGGCUCAGCGCGAAAAAGCGUGAGAAUACAUUCUUCAGUCUGAACGGCGAUUCCGAUAUGCAGAUCGCCGAGGGUACGGCAUGGCGUGAUGAAAGAGUAGGCGAUGUCGACACGGCACAGUCGGUUGAACAGCUUUUGCUUGAAGUCUGGCAGACUCAACCCGAAUGGCUACCCAAAAGUGGAGGAGAUAACCUCUUGACCAUGAUACGGAGCAAAUUGAAAGGGCUUCAACCAACACAGGCACAAGAAGCUCAGCUGAGGAAAGCGGCCACCGAGCACAUUGCCCAGUCACAGUCAAUGACGACUGCUUCAGGACGCAACGCAUGGGACCUCGACUACCAGCAUCGGCUCACCGUCUGGCGACACAACCGGAUUGUUCGAGAUUCCAUGAGUGAGGCGUGGAAAUUGAUUCGAAAGAUUGUCGACUCCCGCCGAGAGUUACGUUUCUUCGACGCCAUCGAAACCCUGACAAGACAACGGUGGGGCUGGUGUGACCGUUGCGAGGCAAGCCAGUUGGCCGAGUUGAACACGGUCGUCCUCCUCAACUGUGGGCACUCCCUCUGCUUGGACUGCGCUGCCCUCGCAAGUGAGCCUGCGGAUAGAGAUCGGGUCUGCGUGGUUCCUCAAUGCCACGCGAGUGCUCCUCUCUCAUCGCACGUGAGUGGACAGGCGGUGCAAGACGCCCGUGCUACCCAGAAGAGUAGCAAGCUCAACAGCAUGGUCGACAUCAUCAAGGCCAUUCCCGAUGAUGAGAAGGCCGUGCUGUUUGUGCAGUACGAGGAUGUCAUGACACAGGCAUCCCGCGCUCUCAGUGCUGCCGGAAUCCAGCACUGCAUGGCCAAGACGGCUUCGUCGGCGGCCAUCACGGACUUUGUCAAGGCAAAGGACAAGUCCGUCCCACAGCAGCCACCAGGGGCAACCGGACCACCCAGGGCCACCAAACGAGCUGCGGACGGCGAGAGCAAGGAGUCUGCCGAGGAGAAGAAGAAAUCUCCCGGUCCCAAGGUGCUGAUUUUGCGCCUGGGUAGCGUGAUGGCUGCGGGAUUAAACCUGCAACUUGCCAAUCACGUCCUCUUCCUUUCGCCCCUCUUGACCUCCACCCAACAUGACUGGGCGUCGAGCAUGGCUCAAGCGAUUGGCCGAUGUCGCCGGUAUGGACAAGAGCGUACUGUCCACGUCUACCACUUGCUGGCGCGGGAGACGGUCGAAAUCAACGUCUUCCAAGAGAGGACCGGCACCGUCGUGGUAGAACGCGAAGGGUUCGUUCGGCAAGUCGAGCCGGCCCAGGUACGGCCAUCCGACAAGACAUGUAAGGGCGACACCCUCGACUUCGGUUCCUGGGGCAGCGCGGGUCAAGACAGCUCGUUUUAG